AUGCACACGAAAGAUCUUCAGGACAGUCUACCACCGGUAGGCGACGAAGGAACAGGCAGGAAUGCUCGUUUAGAGAAGCAACCUGCUUACACUGGUCGACCUCUGAUGGAAGGCAUGUCUUUGUCGCUAUGGCUCCAGACCGUCAGAAACAAUCCUCUUCUCAACCACCGGACGACUGAGGAUUUGCCGGAAGAAGCAGAUGUAGUAGUAAUCGGUUCUGGAAUAAGCGGUUCACUGACAGCUCUAUCUCUUCUCCAAAGUCCCAAUCCACCCAAAUCUGUAAUUCUUAUAGAAGCAAGAGAGCUGUGCUCUGGUGCUACGGGAAGAAACGCAGGACAUUGUAAGCCUGAUUCAUGGAGGGGUUUCACCAAAUACAAGAACGCGUUUGGUGCGGAACAAGCUUUGAAAAUCUUGGCAAACGAGCAGCAGACCUGGCAGGACGUUGUAAGUUACAUCAGAAAACAUAAUGUAGAUUGUGAUCUCUGGGUAGGAAAGACUUUGGACGUCCUAAUGACCAAAGAAUUGGCCGAGACGGCUGCAAAGAACUUUUCCGACUUCGAAUUAGCUGGCGGAGAUACAUCCAAGAUAGAAGUGACCACUGAGUCUGUCGAAGCAGAAAAGGCGGUGUAUGCAUGGGAUGCCUCUAGUUUACAUCCUUGGAAAUUGGUCGCGCAUAUCAAUAGACAGUCACUGGAUCUAGGAUUGAAUUUACAGACAUGGACACCCGUGACAGAUAUAUCGGGUUCUGCCAACAAAUGGGCGGUGCAUACAGAGCGUGGAACGGUCAAGACUCCAAUAGUAGUCCACGCUACCAAUGCAUACGCAGGAGCCCUUUUGCCGGAAACAAAAGGAGCGAUCCGUCCCUGCCCUCAUAUGUGUAAUAAGGUACUUCCACCUUCUACUUUUUCCGGCUCCAAUGCUCUUCACAAUUCAUAUGCUGUCAUAUAUCCAGAGGGCAUGUACACUAUCAACUCAAGAUCUACAUCAGAUGGUAUCUUGUUAUUCGGUGGUGCUGCUCCCAAUCAAUCAAAACUUCUGGAAUACGUCGCGGAAGACCAAUUCAGGAGAACAGAUGAUAGUCUUACGAACUUUGAACCUGUGACCGCAGCAGUGAGGAAAUUAGGAACUGAAGGGCUUGAAUGGGAUGAUCCUGGACGAGGGUCCCGUGCCCUGUAUGAUUACGCCUGGAGUGGUAUCAUCGCUAGGAGUGCCGAUCAAGUUCCUUUCAUCGGUCCUGUACCUCAGAAGACAGGCCAAUGGAUAUGUGCUGGUCACAAUGGUCAUGGCAUGGCUCGUAUUUUCACGUGCGCCCCAGCUCUUGCCAAACUAAUACAGGGGGUAUCCUGGAAGGAGACUGGUUUACCCGAGUGCUUCGAAGUCACUAAAGAACGGCUUGACAGAUAUUACAACGGCUCCUGA